AUGUCCUUUCCGCAGCUGGGCUACCCGCAGUACCUGAGCGCCGCGGGGCCCGGCGCCUACGGCGGCGAGCGCCCGGGGGUGCUGGCUGCGGCCGCCGCCGCCGCGGCCGCCGCCUCGUCGGGCCGGCCGGGGGCGGCGGAGUUGGGCGCGGGAGCGGGGGCGGCCGCGGUCACCUCGGUGCUGGGCAUGUACGCGGCGGCCGGCCCCUACGCGGGCGCGCCCAACUACAGCGCCUUCCUGCCCUACGCCGCCGACCUCAGCCUCUUCUCGCAGAUGGGUUCACAGUAUGAGCUCAAGGACAACCCCGGGGUGCACCCCGCCACCUUCGCGGCCCACACGGCGCCCGCCUACUACCCCUACGGGCAGUUCCAGUACGGGGACCCCGGGCGGCCGAAGAACGCCACGCGGGAGAGUACCAGCACGCUCAAGGCCUGGCUCAACGAGCACCGCAAGAACCCCUACCCCACCAAGGGCGAGAAGAUCAUGCUGGCCAUCAUCACCAAGAUGACCCUCACGCAGGUCUCCACCUGGUUCGCCAACGCGCGCCGGCGCCUCAAGAAGGAGAACAAGGUGACGUGGGGCGCGCGCAGCAAGGACCAGGAGGACGGCGCUCUCUUCGGAAGCGACACCGAGGGGGACCCGGAGAAGGCCGAGGACGACGAAGAGAUCGACCUGGAGAGCAUCGACAUCGACGAGCACGACGGCGACCAGAGCAACGAGGACGAGGAGGACAAAGCCGAGGCGCCGCGCGCACCCGACGCGCCCGCGGCCCUCGCGCGGGACCAGGGCUCGCCGCUGGCGGCCGCCGACGCACUCAAGCCCCCAGACUCGCCCCUGGGCCUGGCCAAGGAGCUCCCGGAGCCCGGCAGCACGCUCCUGCUGAGCCCCGGCGCUGCGGCGGCGGGCGGCCUGCAGGGCGCGCCGAACAGCAAGCCCAAGAUCUGGUCGCUGGCCGAGACGGCCACCAGCCCCGACGGUGCGCCCAAGGCCUCGCCGCCGCCGCCUUCCGGCCACCCUGGCGGCGCGCACGGGCCCCCCGCGGGCGCGCCGCUGCAGCACCCCGCCUUCCUGCCCAGCCACGGACUGUACACCUGCCACAUCGGCAAGUUCUCCAACUGGACCAACGGUGCGUUCCUCGCACAGGGCUCGCUGCUCAACGUGCGCUCCUUCCUGGGCGUGGGCGCGCCGCACGGCCCGCACCUGUCGGCGCCGCCCCCGCCGCAGCCACCCGUCCCUGUGGCCGCGGGGGUGCUCCAUGGCGACAAGGCCUCGGCCCGUAGCAGCCCCUCGCUCCCAGAGAGAGACCUCCUCCCCAGACCGGACUCGCCGGCGCAGCAGUUGAAGUCGCCCUUCCAGCCGGCGCGCGACAACUCGCUGGCCACGCCGGAAGGGACGCCGCGGAUUCUAGCAGCGCUCCCGUCGGCCUGA